UCCUCUCCAAACCUCUACUCCGCUUUCCUUCUCAAGUCCAACGUGUUGCUAGAGAUCAGAGCUUUGUUCUGAGACGCUACAGACUUUGCAUUGGAAACUGAAGAAUAAACCAAUGGAAAGUUGCUAAACAAUGACUUUGGAUGCAUUUCACGUGUACACUAGUCCAGUUAAGAUGAGAGUAACUUUAAGAAGGCUGAAGUGGUGGAAUGAUAGUCUGUUUACAUGGAUGAGGAGUGCAGGAAUGAAGAUGAUGUGGCACUGAUGCUGCGAUUCGAGCAGAAACUGCACGUUGACAAUAGUUUUUGCAAUGGCUUUAAGGCUGUGGAUGAAGCUCAGACUGAAAUGUCGGUUUGUGGUGGCCUUCCUGUUUCUCUUCAGUCUGUCAGUGGCAAUAAUAUACACCCUUCCUCCAUUCCAAUCUGAGCAGAUCAGAGUGAACGUACGAGGCCCUCGCAAUAACAAACCUAGCAAGCUAUUGGAGAAGUGGUCUCUCAGACCGUAUAGGAACCUUCCAGGCAAAUCCUUGAAGAACCCUGAAAUGAAAGAUUCUGCUAAACAUCUCCUGAUGUUCAGUCAUUUCCAUCAAUCGUUUUCCUCUGGAAAAAUAGCUGAAGGGAAAGCAUCAACCAAGAAGCCUUCAAGCAAACAAUAUAUGAAGAAUGCAAACAAAAAUCCAAUCAAGCCAUUCCAAGGCAGUGCCAAAAGAGCGCAAGCUGUUAGACUUAGAAAUAGCAGCAGCUCCAACACAACCAUCCAUCUCCUUCGCUCCAGACAUGACCCAGCUUUCCCUCAGCCUGCCAGCAUCCGGAGCCUCCGCCCAAAUUACAAGACAUGCAGGCACAAAUGCACUCCAGAUGGGGACAAAGUAGAGAGGAUUGUAGGGCACUUCUCUGAUGCACAGCAGGUGGUAAAACUGAAACAGGCCCCUAGAGAAGCAGGAACACAUGAAAGACAAGCUGGGCCCUCUGAGAGGAAGAGGCCCAAAUUUAAAAGAGAAAGCAUCAAUAGUAUUCCAGCUGAGGCUGGCAUCAAUGACUGGUGUAAGACUUUCACUGAAACCUGGAACCAAACCAAAGCAGAGUCUCUCCCCUGGUUCAGUGCAGAUGAUAUAAAAAAAAUGGCACUUCUCUCCAGAGGAAAUGUUUUGAGUAAAGCCCGGCUUCCUGGCCAUGGACAAGUAGUUCAAGUCGGAUUAAGCGAUAAAAAUGACACCUUUGCUUCUGCAGGUCAUCUCAAACGCUGUCAGACAGAAAGCUGUGCUCUUAUAAAACGCCCCAAUGACUGGUCUGAAGUGUUCGCCUUUCACCUGGACAGAGUUUUAGGUCUGAACCGGAGCUUGCCCGCAGUGUUGAGAGCAUUUCACAGUGAGAUUCUACCAUACCAAUACACGUCUGGAACUCCUAGACCGGUGGUAUGGUGGGAUCCUAGUAUCCAACAUUUGUCUGAUGCUGAGAACGACCAGAACUCUUUUUCACUCACCUGGCCACAAUAUCAGGCUCUGCUCAAGAGCAGGUGUGGAAUUCAGGUCCCGCAAAAUUUUACCACAUGUGUGGGAGUUCACCAUUCAGAGUGGGGGCAACUGGCCUUGUUUGACUUCCUGCUGCAGGUUAAUGACAGACUGGACCGGUCUUGCUGUGGUUUCCGAGCAGAUCCAUCAGAUCUGUGUAUUGAAAACCUGCUGCAUGUCAAAUGUGGAAACCCAAAGGACUUAAAUCUGGUGCACAUUCUGGUUCGGAAGACAGAACCAUCCAAACUGGUUUUUAUUGAUAACGCAGGAAGACCUCAUCAACCACAUGACAAUCUAAACUUCAGAUUGGUUGAAGGUAUUGAUGAGUUUCCUGAGAAGGCUGUUUCAAUUCUGCAGUCGGGAUGUCUGAAGAAGAUGCUCCUUCACUCCCUGUCUGUGGAUCGGGAAUUCUGGCUGAGCAGAGGAGAGGCGUCUGGACUUAAAUCCCUAAUCCAGCACACAGAACAAAGAGCCAAGGCCUUGCUCAGGCACAUACAAGAGAAGAACCUUCGACUAAACAGAGAUCUAUAACACUCUUAUACUGAAAAUAACCAAAUACUGAAUUCUCAGAUGACAGGAACGUUUUAUGGAAAUCUUUUGCAUUGAUUUCAGUCUUCCAUAUUCAUUAAUUGUGCUUGUCUCAGAUGUCUUUGUUUUGCUGUAUAGAAAGUCAUUCAAACCAUGCAUGAUAGAUUAAAUGAGAGGAAGCAGUAUAUUUUCAUGGAUUUUUGAGGCGAUUUCCCUAAUCAGGCUUGACAGUCCUUGAACUGUGAUUAACUAAUGCUCUCAGUGUCUGAGAGAAGAGAUUCCAGAUGGUCAUUUGCAGAGCAGGACUCAUGUAGAGGGCCAUCACUGUGAAGAGACUUGCACCAUGUCCUAACCAGAUACAAUACAAAAAGUUAUUUGUUUUUCUUUUAGUGCUAAAGUAAAUGUGCUGUUUGACAGGACACUCAAACAUGGUGUCCUAACAACAUGUGACACAACAACAUUACAUUGACAAGCAAGACUCAAAAAAAAUUGAUUCAAACUACUCAUUUAAAAUGAGCUGUAACAACACAAUUCUUGAUUUUUUUGUGUGUGUGUGGAAGGGGGGGUGUGGAUGGGGCAUGGUUAUGGCAAUUUAAAUGUUUUAUGUUAAAUCCACCUAUAUUUGUCAAAAAAAGGGAACCUAAUCUAUUUGCGUUGGCAUAACAUGAAUCAAUUGUGUGUAACCUUGCAUUUGAUGACAAAAGCAUUUUAAUACCAACCAUUAAAAAGCACUAUACUCCCAACAAAUCUGCAUAGAAUCUCAUGAAUAAGUAUCAAACCACAUUAACAUUAUUAAAACUACAUUGCUGAGUGAUUUGUGUUGUUGGAUUACACUGAAUCAGCACUAACAUUCAUUCAUUCACUCUUUGUUUGCUAGUUAUUUUAUUUUCAAGAUCUGCUGCCAUUUUCAGUAUGGCAAUAAAAGUCUUGUAAAAUGUGAUUCAAACUCAUACUGGUACCAUUCAAUGCAGAAUAAAGUACAUAUUUAGUAUCUGA